AAUAUGGCAAGAACCAAGCAGACCGCUCGCAAGUCCACCGGAGGCAAAGCCCCGAGAAAGCAGCUCGCCACCAAGGCUGCCCGCAAAAGCGCCCCAGCCACCGGUGGCGUGAAGAAGCCCCAUCGUUACAGGCCCGGUACGGUGGCUCUGAGAGAGAUCCGUCGGUACCAGAAGUCCACUGAGCUGCUGAUCCGCAAGCUGCCCUUCCAGCGUCUGGUCAGAGAAAUCGCUCAGGACUUCAAGACCGACCUGCGCUUCCAGAGCUCUGCCGUCAUGGCUCUUCAGGAGGCCAGCGAGGCUUACCUGGUCGGUCUGUUCGAGGACACCAACCUGUGCGCCAUCCACGCCAAGAGGGUCACCAUCAUGCCCAAGGACAUCCAGCUGGCUCGUCGCAUCCGUGGGGAGCGUGCUUAAGUUAAUCUCUCCCUCUAGAAAUCAAAAGGCUCUUUUAAGAGCCACCAAACUGUCACAUAAGGCUUCAUUCUGACUUUCGAACUAAUUGUUAAGAGUAAGUUAAAUGUCUUUUACUUCUGCACGCUAUGAGCUUACCUACAACUAGCUGUAAAGGGAAAAUGAAGACAUAAUUCCGUAUCUGCUUCAAUGAAUCAUAACAAGUAUCGCCACCCAGGAGCACGUUCAAGUCCUCCGAGUUUGAAUGGAAAUGUAUGCGCCCGUGGGAUUAUUUAAAAAUGUCCAAAGUUUACUAAUACAAGUAAAGCAAAUAGUGUUCGGAUUUUUUUUGUUAAUCUUAAUGAAUAGGGAACCUUUCCAGCCAUGUGUGAAAAUAUGCCAGGUAUACCAACAUGUUUAUGGCGAAUGUGCUUCAUGUUUAAAUACAAACCAAUUUUGUACAA